CAGGUCAAAGGUCAAAUCCACGGACGCCAAAACAAGGAUUUUGCGCCGGGGAGAUUUGUGAUUGGACUGCUUGAGCUUUUGUUUUAGACUGUUUGGAGAACACAUUCGAGAAUCCAUGAUGUCAGAACCUGUGAAUCCCGCAGAUGAUACAGACCACACCCCCCUCAGCACACCCCAACCAGGACCUGGUGGGGAUACAGGAGGUCAAAGGUCGGGCAUGGUACCAGACACAAAAGAUGGAAUUCUCGACUCACAACCAGCUUUAGAUGCUCAGGGUGAGAAGGAAGACCCUGAUACUCCUGUGGGUGAUGUCGAGAUUGAAAACAAGAAGAGCUCAGAUGGUAGUGUUGGAGAGAAACAGGAUAACGAGGGAAUAAAUGAGGAUGAAACGCAUCACCAGAAAGAAGGAACUCCAGAUGGAGAGAAGGGAAUGACUGCAGUCCCUGAUGACGGGGAGCGGGAUACCGAUCGAAGCCCUGAUGCUGGGGCUGGUAACGUGACAAGAUCUACAGCAGGAGCGGAUGGAUCAGAUCAUGAUGUAUCGCAGACCACAGAAGCGACUAAAACAGAGAUUCAGUCAGAGAAAAAUGAUAACAUCCAAGCCCUGCUGGAUCGUGAACUUCAUUACCUGAUGCGACCUGAGAGGUCAAAUCUCUACCGUGAGGGGUCGAGACGACAAGAGGAAGGUCAUUUGGAGGGAGCCCUCGCGUGUUAUCUUGGAGCCAUCACAGGGUUGUCCGAGGGGUCAACCUUUGAGGAGCUGCCAAGGUGUCUUCAUGCUGUUGCUGAUAUCUAUUUUGAGCACAAGGAAUAUGAGAAAGCUGUUUAUUUCAUCCAAGCAGAGAAGAUGUAUUAUGAAACUGCUCUGAUUGAUAUAGUUAGUGUACAGAAAGACUCAGGCUCUAAAGCUGAGAGGAAGCCAAGCAAAGGGGAGGGCGAGGAACAGCAUGAUGAACAACUCGAUGAAGAGCCUGGUGAGGAGUCUAGCCAUGAUAAGAGUGAUGACCUAGAUGAUGACCUUUCACCUGAUGCUAAGAAAGGUCAAGAGAUGGAGAACUUGGCUAGACUGUGCCUCAAGGAGGGAAAGUUGCAGCUUGCUCUAGACUACUGUGGGAAAGCGACCAAGAUGUAUCAAACUGUUUAUGGAGAGGACCAUCCCGUUACCAUAGCAUCACUGGAUCUCUUCACUGUUAUCUAUGCUGAUGUGGGCAAGAAACUCUAUUCAGAUGCUAUGCAGAAAUUUGAGAAGGAGGAGGAGGCAUUGAAGACCGAGAGGUCACAUGACACCGUGUCACCUGACAGCACUGCACCAGAGCUGAGGCAAAGAUUUACCAAUAAUAAUGGCAAAGACCUGAAUGGUGUAGAUGAAGGGACAAAUGAAGCAAUGAUACAUCAAGGAGAAUUGGAACCAACUUCUUUAGAGGAACGUGAUGACUGGGUCAUGACAGUGCUUCUGAUGUUGAUCUUCUUCUUAGCAACCGUUUUCAUCGUCAUAGUGAUAUCAUCCAUCUAUUGCUACAACAACAACAGGGCGGGCUACUGCGCACAAACGAGGGGUGAUAUCAAUUACUGGUAUAUGUAUGCCAGGCAAGUGAUUCACAAUGUGAGGACAAGUUUCAGAUAGAUUUGGACAUUAAUUGAAGAAAAAAUAGAAAUUAAGUGUUUAUUAUCGAUUUGGAAAUUCAUUUUUCACUGUUGAAAUUUUACAGAUCAAUUAAUUACAAAAACAAAUAAUCAUAAUAAUAGACAGUUACAGUUAUGGUAAAAUAAUAUUCAAAGCAGCUUUAGUUUGGUGAGUUACAUGAAAUCAGUUUUGUAUGAUGAGGAUGCAGACAGAGAGAGUGAGAAAGAGAGAAA